GGUGGCGGGUGCCGCCCUUGCCGCCAUGUUGAGUCCCUAGGAGCUGACGCGAGGCUUGUGGCUGCUCGUCUUCGGUGACUUUCAUCAAGCUAUGUCUUCUACGGACCGCAGGCCCCUCAGGGCGGACACCUGGGUGCUUCAGAAGCAGGAAAUGGAGCCAGUAACCUUUGAGGAUGUUGCUGUGAACUUCACCCUUGAAGAGUGGGAUUUGUUGGAUUCUAGUCAAAAGAAGCUCUACAGAGAUGUGAUGACAGAAACCUUUACAAACCUGAUCUCCAUAGGGAAAACAGAAGAAGAAGAAAACAUUGAAGAGGACUACCAAAGUCUGCGAAUUCAGGUAAUUGAGAGAGACUAUGAGUAUGAACAUAGUAAUCAAUAUGGAGAAACGCACUACCAGAUUCCAGAGCAUAUUUUUAAUGAAGACAUGCCUCCUGCAGUAACAGAAUAUGAAAACAAUGUCUGUGCAGGAGACACUGGUCAUUCGCCCUCAGAAGUGCGCCUCAUAGGUGAAACUGGAGAAUAUAAGGAACAUGUGAAGGUUUUUAAACAGGAGAAAUGUUGGGAAGAGUUUACUUAUUCUGAGUCCUUUCAGGAGCAUGAAAGUCCUCCUAGAGAGACACCCUAUGAAAACCAACAGUUUAAUGAAGCCUGUAGGAAUUUCACUUCUGAUCAAAAUUAUGAGAGAAUUCCCACUGAGAGUAAAAAUGAAUAUGAUCAAUUUGAGAAAGACUUUAAAGGAUGUAAUUACUUUCAGAUGUAUGAAAAUAUACACACUGAAGUGAAACCAUUUGUCUGUAAGCAUUGUGGAGAAGCCUUCGUUGAGUUCAGUCAGCUUAUUUACCAUGAAAGAAUUCAUUCUCAAGAGGAAUGUUAUGUGUGUAAUCAGUGUGGGAAAGCAUUUAGACAUUUCUCCUACCUUAAAAAACAUCAGAGAAUUCACAGUGGAAAUGCACCCUUUGUAUGUAAGCAGUGUGGCAAAGCAUUCAUUCGUUCAUCUCACCUUCUUGUCCAUGAAAGAAUUCACACUGGAGAGAAACCUUAUGCAUGUAAGCAUUGUGGAAAAGCCUUCAGCCAUCACAGUUCCUGUUGCAGACAUGAAACAAUGCACACUGAAGAGAAACCCUAUGUUUGCAAGCAGUGUGGGAAAACAUUUACAUGUUCCACAUCCCUCCGCAACCAUGAAAGAAUUCACACCGGAGAGAAACAGUAUGCAUGUAGGCAGUGUGGCAAAACCUUCAUCCACCGUGAUGCUUGUUACAAUCAUGAAAGAACUCACACUGGAGAAAAACCCUAUGUAUGUAAGUAUUGCGGGAAAGCAUUUACGUGGUCUACAUGCCUUCGCAACCAUGAAAGAACUCACACUGGAGAGAAGCCUUAUAUAUGUAAGCACUGUGGAAAAGCCUUCACUCAUUCCAGUACCCGUUACAGUCAUGAAAAAAUUCACACUGGAGAGAAGCCCUAUGUAUGUAAAAAAUGUGGGAAAGCAUUCAUUCAUUCCAGUCAUCUUGUCAGCCAUGAAAAGAUUCACACUGGCGAGAAACCCUAUGCUUGUAAGUAUUGUGGGAAAGCUUUCAUUCAACGUAAAGCUUGUUACAGUCAUGAAAGAUCUCACACUGGAGAGAAGCCUUAUGUAUGCAAACAGUGUGGGAAAGCAUUUAAGUGUUCCAUGUAUCUUCGCAACCAUGAAAGAACUCAUACUGGAGAGAAACCUUAUAUAUGUAAGCAUUGUGGAAAAGCUUUCACCCAUCAGAGUGCCCGUUACCGUCAUGAACGAAUUCACACUGGAGAGAAACCCUAUAUGUGUAGAAAAUGUGGGAAAACAUUCAGUGAUUGCAGUUAUCUUGUUAAACAUGAAAGAAUUCACACCAGAGAGAAAAUUUAUGUGUGUAGGCAUUGUAGGAAAGCAUUUAGAUGUUACACAUCUCUUUACAAACAUGAAAGAACUGAGUGUAAGAAUUGCGAUGAGUAGAACUUAUACAAGUGUGAAGUCCACCGGCAGUGUCUGUGGUCAACUUGUUUUUAUUGUCAGGUAUGAAAGAAGAGUGUGGACAGUCUGGGAGAAAGCUUAAUGGGUAAAGACAUGGCUUGUUGGCCAAGCCUGAUACUCUUGAGCUCCAUCCCUGGGACUCAUGGUGGAUGUAGAGAAUCGAUUCCCUUAAGUUUACUUCUGACUUCCACAUGCACACCUUUGCACAGAUGUAUACACAAAUAAACACAACAUUUAUUUUUAAAAAUAAUUACAUAAAAAUAGAAUAUGACAUCUGCAGAAGUGUAGUUUUAGAUCUAAUGUGCAAGUGUAUAUAGGGUGAAAACCUGUUGCGCUGGGUUUGGUAGUGCAUGCUUUUUUACUGGGCAGGGGUGGGAGGGAGGUACAGACUAAACAAUAUUUAAUGGAAUGAGUUUGAUCACCUGGGAGAUUUAAGAAACAGUUCCAACCAAAUGAAAUUUUCAUUGUACAGAUACAAGACAGCAGGGCUAGAGAGGUGGAUCUUCAGAAAAGAGUGCUUGCUCUUCUGGAGGACCUGAAUUCAGUUCCCAGCAUCCAUGUCAGGUGGCUCACAAUCACCUGUAACUCCAAAUCCAGGGAAUCUGAUGUCCUUUUCUGGCCUCUGCAAGCAUAUACACACAUGUGGUAUACACACACAUAUAAAAAUAAAAACCUUAGAAAAAUGUAUAAAAUAGGUAUGAGAAAGCUGGUUUUUUUUCAAAUAAAGUAAAAGUUAUGAAAUAACGUAGUUUAAUCUUGUAAGAGCAAGAAAUGUGAACACUUUUAGCAAAUUUAUUUGUGUAGAAUAUUUCUGAAAAUAACCUGAAAGAAAUAUAGUAAAACUAUGAGUAUUUUUGUCAUUGGUCCAUUCUUACACAAGACCUUUACUCUGCAUUGUUUUUUAUAGUUUUGAAAUGAUGACUUGAUAAAUAAUGUUUAUCAUGGUUUUGCUUGCCUGUAUUCCCUGCUGCUUGAAAAGCUGAUGCCACCAAGACUCACCAACAAUAGCAACCAUAGAAAAACAUUUGAAUUGAGAUGAAUUGAGUUUAUAAACUUGGUAAAUCACUUUCAGUUUAGUAGGUAUGGUUUAUUGUUUAAAUUAAGUGAGCUAAUACUUCUUACUAUUGAACUGUGUUUGAUUCAUGGAAUUGAGAUGCAUUUAUAAUAAUGCAGUAGAUUUAAUUUUACAUAGUUUUUCAGUAAUUGUUCAUUUAAAAUUGAAACUAGAUGCUUCUUAAUUGUUAGUAUUUUCUCACUGUCCUUAUGACAGCUCUUUUGUGUUUCUGUUCAUUUGCAGUUUCCUUACAUUUAAUGUGAAUAUGAGAUUUUUCUGAAUGACAUUUGCAUAAAUUCUGUAUUUUGUGCUUUUCAAUGUAUGUUCAAAUAAAGACAAGAUUUUGUUGUGUA